UAAAAUUAUUUAUUUCUGCAACAAUGGAGGCUUUGAGUAUUUUGAGUGGUAUCCUAUUGCUACUGUUAUCUGGGGCUCAAUCACACGAGCCAGUACUUUCAGAGAAGCUGAUUCGAGACAUUAGCAACUACUCAGAAAUUGCACUGAAAAUAAUUGACUACUCACUAACAGGCCCAGGGGCAAACCAGUCUUACAACAGGCUGGCUACUUUUGUUGAUAGAUACGGGCCUAGACUAUCAGGGAGCAGUAAUCUGGAGGACUCCAUUGAUCAUAUGCUCUACCUCCUUCAGCAAGACGGCCUCGAUAAUGUUCAUGGCGAAGAGGUCAACGUGACUCACUGGGUCCGAGGAAAAGAGAUAGCCCAAUUGUUGGAGCCGAGAUCAGCAGAACUGUCGAUAUUAGGUUUGGGAUCUAGUGUAGGUACUCCUGAGGAGGGUAUCACAGCUGAUGCUGUCGUCAUGAGAUCCUUUGACGAGUUAGAAGAAAGAAAAGACGAAGUGAAGGACAGGAUAGUCGUGUUCAACCCGACAUAUGUCAGUUAUCCAGUGACUGUAGCUUACAGGGUCAACGGUGCUUCAAGAGCAUCAAAAUACGGAGCAGUAGCUACCCUGAUACGCACAGUGGGGCCCUUCUCCAUUUACUCCCCACACACUGGCAUGCAGGUUUAUAAUUCUUCAGUUCCUGCAAUACCGACUGCUUGUAUCACCAUUGAAGAUGCAAACAUGUUGGAUAGACUUGAAAGAGCAGGAGAAAGACUCACCAUCCAUUUGUAUAUGGAGGCACAGACCUUGCCAAUGGUUAUCUCAAGGAACACUGUGGCUGAGAUCAAGGGAUCAGUAUAUCCGGAUCAAGUGGUAGUGGUCAGUGGACACUUGGAUAGUUGGGACGUCGGUCAAGGGGCUAUGGACGAUGGCGGAGGUGCUUUCAUAUCUUGGCAAGCCCUGAGUAUUGUGAAAGGAUUGGGAUUGACUCCUAAACGUACCCUACGUCUUGUCAUGUGGACGGAUGAAGAAGCAGGUGGUAUAGGAUCCCAGCAGUACUACCAGCGACACAGAGAAGAUGCCGACAAGUACAGCAUCCUCUUUGAGUCAGAUGAAGGCGUCUUCCUACCUUAUGGUAUCCUAUUCUCAGGAUCAGCUGAAGCUAAAGCAAUAUUGCAGCAAAUAGGGCAGCUACUGGUCUCCAUUAAUGCUUCUGAAGUAUAUGAUAAUGGAGGAGGAACUGAUGUGGACUGGUGGAGAGAAGAGAAGGUCCCUACAGCGAGUCUAGCUAAUCAUAAUGAGCAUUACUUCUGGUAUCAUCACUCCAAUGGUGACACUAUGGAUGUACUUGACCCAGAAGAAAUGAACCUCUGCUCUGCUGUGUGGGCAGUCUAUGCUUAUGUGUUAGCUGAUCUUGAUGAUGUACUGCCAAGAGGAUAAUGUGGUUAAUAGGAAAACUUAGUUUUUGUAUUUUUAUGUACGUGCAUUUUGUAUUUAACAUUAUUUUUGUACUGUUAGUUAUAGAGAUAAAGUCUUCAAAAAAUACAGUUAACUAUUAAAAAUUAAUUAAUUUUUACUAAAAGUUAAUUAACUUAUCCACACCUACUUAAUCAUAAACUAAAAAAGUGUUUUCUAAACUAAAAAAGGGGUGUCAGCAUUCAGUAAAAAAACAGCAGUUCAUUUUAAGUUAUUUUCAUUCUCUUUGUCUUUUGAUGAAAAUGUCAGAAGUGGUUCCUCCAAUGUCAAGGUACUUGUCUAUUUUGUCUGUCGCAG